GUGUGUGUGUGUGUGUGUGUGUGUGUGUGUGUGUGUGUGUGUGUGUGUGAGAGUGUGUGGAGGCAGGCAGUCCACAUAGCGAGGAGGACGCCGAGACGAGCAUCACUACCGCAGACAUCACCUGCAUGAAGACUCCCGCCGAGGAAGAUUGAAGGAGAAGAGGUGGCAACCCCAGCCCAGGAGUCACAGUCCUAACUUUCUGUGAGUCAGUGUGAGCCAGCUGGAAGAUGGUGAUGAAGAGGAGGAGGAGGAUGACGACGCUCAUGCUGAUGGUACUCGGCCACCUCGCCAGCGCUUUGGAGGUCCCGCUCGACCUGCCGCAGCCCCCCACCAUCACCCAGCAGUCCCCCAAAGAUUACAUAAUCGACCCCCGGGAGAGCAUCCUCAUCCACUGUGAGGCCAAAGGGAAACCUCAUCCCAGUUUCUCCUGGACCAGAAAUGGCAGCCACUUUGACGUGGAUGAGCACCCCAACGUCCAGAUGAGGAGGCAGUCAGGCACGCUGGUGGUGGACAUCAGCAGGGAGCAGGCAGAGAGCUUCGAGGGGCAGUACCAGUGCACUGCCAGGAACAAGCAUGGCACGGCUCUGUCCAACAACAUUGUGGUGCGGCAGCCCAGGUCGCCUCUUUGGUCCAAGGAGAAGAUCAAGCCUAUCAUCAUCCAGGAGGGCGUGGCCUUGGUGUUGCCAUGUCGACCCCCUGCUGGCUUUCCUCCUCCCGUCGUCUUCUGGAUGGACAACAACUUCCAGAGGCUGCCUCAGAGCAAGCGGGUGUCGCAGUCUUUGAACGGAGACCUCUUCUUCUCCAACGUGCUGCGCCAGGAUUCCCGUAACGACUACAUCUGCUACGCCCGCUUCCCGCGCACGCAGACCAUCCAGCAGAAGCAGCCCAUCAGCGUCAAGGUCCUCGACCUGGAUGCAAUCAAUGACACAAUGGCAGCUUUUUACAAUGACACUGAUUUAUUUGGUGAGGAUCCAGUAGACGAGAGGAGGCCCACGUUCCUCACCCCGUCCGUUCCUUCCAGCUCCAAGAUGGUGCUGCGUGGUCAGGUGCUGGAGAUGGAGUGCAUCGCAGAAGGACUGCCCACUCCCGACAUCUCCUGGGCCAAAGUGGGCGGCGAGCUCCCCGCCACACGGACUUCCUUCCUGCACCACCAGAAAACCCUCCGUAUCGCCAACGUGUCGGAAGCCGACGCGGGAGAAUACCAGUGCACCGCCAGGAACAAGCACGGCUCCGUGGGCCACGCCAUCGCCGUCACGGUCAAAGCUGCUCCGUACUGGAUCGGCGGCGCGCCCAGGAACCUGGUCAUGGCCCCGGGAGAGAACGGGGUUUUGACCUGCAGGGCCAGUGGCACACCCAAGCCCGACAUCCAGUGGGCCAUCAAUGGCAUGGCCAUAGAGAAUUCCCCGAAGGAUCCCAGCCGUAAAGUGGAGGAGGACAGCAUCAUAUUCAGCCAGGUGCAGACAGGAUCCAGCGCGGUGUACCAGUGUAACGUUUCCAACCAGUACGGCUACCUGCUGGCCAACGCCUUUGUCAACGUUCUCUCCGAGCCGCCCAGAGUGCUAACGCCGGCCAACAAAGUCUACCAGGUCAUCAGGAACCAGCCGGCGCUCUUGGACUGCACGUCCUUUGGCUCGCCCAUCCCCAAGAUCACCUGGUUCAAGGACAGUCGUUCAGGCACCCUGGAUGCAGAGACUCACAGCGUGCACGACAACGGCACUUUAGAAAUAGGCGUGGCUCAGCCUAAACACGGCGGUAAAUACACUUGCGUGGCCCGCAACUCGCUGGGGAUCUACGAGAACCACGUCCACCUGGAGGUCAAAGAGCCCACGCGCAUCCUGAAGCAGCCCGAGUACCGGGUGGUCCAGCGGGGCAGGUCGGUGGUGUUGGAGUGCAAAGUCAAGCACGACCCGUCACUCGUGCCCACCAUGACUUGGCUGAAGGACCACAGCGAGCUGCCCGACGAUGACAGAUUCUUGGUGGACUCUGACAGCCUCACCAUCAGCGACGUGAUGGAGAGCGACGCCGGCGUGUACACGUGCAUCAUGAACACCACUCUGGACCAGGACUCCGCCAGCGCCGAGCUCACCGUCGUCGAGGUCACACCCACGCCGCCUGUCGUCUACGAGCGACCCGAACCCCCGACUGACCUUGAGCUGACGGACCAGAAAAAGAGGAGCGUUCAACUCACAUGGAUCCCCGGGGACGAGCACAACAGUCCCAUUCAAAAAUUUGUGAUCCAGUACGAGGACACGCUCCACCACCACAGAGGUCACUGGCACAAUCUCACCGAGGUGCCAGGAACCAAGACCACGGCGCACCUGAAGCUGUCUCCUUACGUCCACUACACCUUCCGAGUCUUAGCCCUCAAUUCCAUGGGGGUCAGCCAGCCCAGUUUCCCUUCCAAGGUGUACAAGACGGAGGCUGCAGCUCCAGAUGACAAUCCCACAGAUGUGCACGGAUUUGGAACAGAACACAACAAUCUAGUGAUCUCAUGGAAGCCGCUGUCCGGCCUGCAGGCCAAUGGGCCAGGACUGCACUACAGGGUGAUGUGGAGACAAAAGGUGAUGGACAGCGACUGGACCGCAGUGACCGUAGCAAACAACUCCAAGUUUGUGGUAUCAACAACACCCACCUUUGUUCCCUACGAGAUCAAAAUUCAAGCAGUGAACGACUACGGAGCGGCGCCUGAACCCACCAUUGCUCACGGCUACUCUGGAGAGGAUCUGCCGCUCGCCGCUCCCGACCCUGUGCAGGUCUUUGUGCUGAACAGCUCCUUGGCGGAGGUCCACUGGGAGCCCGUGCCUCUCAAGCUGAUACGUGGAUACCUCAAAGGCUAUAAGGUGUACUACUGGAGGGAUGGCAGCCUCCACAAACAUCACCCCCAUCACACCGAGAAGCAGAUCCUGACCUUCAGCGGGAACCACAGCCAUGGGAAGUUGCCCGGUCUGCACCCUUACAGCCUUUACUCCUUCAAUGUCAGGGUCUUUAACGGCAAAGGGGAGGGGCCCCCCAGUGCCACCCAGCAGUUUGAGACCCCAGAAGGAGUGCCUGGAAUACCUUCCUCCCUGACGGUCACCAACACCAACUUAGAUUCUCUGAGCCUGGCGUGGCAGCCGCCUCAUGAGCGCAAUGGAGUCCUGACGGGCUACACCCUGAAAUACCAGCCAGUCAAUAGCUCCACUGAGUGGGGCCCCGAGGAGGAGCUGGCCCUGGCCGCCAAUGAGAGCUCGGUCACGGUGCCAGACCUCAAGUUCAGCACGCGCUACAAGUUUUAUUUGAAUGCCAAAACGCACAAGGGGGCGGGGCCAGCCGUUACCAUGGAAGCGGUCACCAUCAUGGAUGAAGCCCCGCCGGCGAGUCCUUUUGGAAGCCUAAAUUCCUCCCUGGGCGAGGACGGGCCCCUGAUCAGUUGGGAGUACUGGGGCCUGGAGAAAAACCUUUACUUAGAGUACAUAGUGGACAACAGUAAGCAAGGUGAAGGCGGAGACGGAGUGUGGCAGAAAGAGCUGGUGAACGGGUCUCAGAACUUUGUGCUCAGGGGCCUGAAAGAGGGCCUCUCCUAUAAGGUGCGCUUGGUGGCCAAGGGCCACGCCGACCAAGAGCUGCAGCGCUCCCAAGAGCUGACGGUGACGGUGCCAGCCGUGGCCAGCAGGCAGGUGGACAUCGCCACCCAGGGAUGGUUCAUCGGCCUCAUGUGCGCCAUCGCCCUCCUCAUCCUCAUCAUCCUCAUCAUCUGCUUCAUCCAGAGGAACAAGGGAGGCAAAUAUCCAGUGAAGGAGAAGGAGGACGCACAUACCGACCCAGAGUUCCAGCCCAUGAAGGAUGAAGAUUGCACUUUUGGGGAAUACAGCGACAAUGAGGACCAUAAGCCCUUAAAAGGCAGCCGCACGCCAUCCAGCGGGACGGUUAAGCGGGACAACAGUGACGACAGUUUAGUAGACUACGGGGAAGGAGGAGACGGACAGUUCAACGAGGACGGCUCCUUUAUCGGACAGUAUAGCGGAAAGAGCGCCAGCCGGGACACCGCCGAGGGCCACGAGAGCUCGGAGGCGCCGUCCCCGAUUCACGCCAUCAACUCCUUGAAUUCUUUCGUGUAGCCUCGUCUUCCAGCUGCUGUCAUGGGGGACAAUCUGGGAGGACACCAUGACACGCCAUCCUCUGACUACAGCUGUCCUAUCUAGUCUUUGCCAGCGACUGGGAAUACACCAACCUGAAUGUCAGACAACUAUGCCGUGCUGGUGCUAUGAUUGUCGUACACUUUCUUCCAUUAGCAACCAUCCACUCUUCCUUCAUGUUUGAGAAGGAAAACACUAUUUCCAGUGGUGUAUGAACCGUAGUGUGCCGAAGUCCAAGGUCUCACUCCCAUUUCUUGUUUAAACAACACUAUUCUUAGCUUACUCUGUUGUUUACUGAGGGGGAAACACGUCAGCUCCGAGUUCUUAGUUGUGAGCAGGACAGGGCUGCACGGAAGGUACACAUUUUCCCCAGAAACUUUAGUGAAGUGACGUCAUUGCUCAUCCUACAAACUCAUAACAGUUUGUUUCUUCUUUAACUAGCUGGCUAGGCAGCUAGCACAGUAUUUUGCAGGGUUACGCAAACACGUUUCCACAAAAAUACUGUUUAGCUUCCCCAAGUACGUUCAAGGCAAGAGUUCUUAGGUGGGUUUAGCAGCUCGGAUUACACAAAACAUACAUUUUUCUGGAAAAACCAUGUCAAGGAAGGUUCUCUCUUUGACUUUUUCAUCAAAUCAUCAAAGUGAAGAGCAGGAGUUUGGCAGUUGCUUGGUUAGUAAACUACAGUAUACGUUGGUAAUUGUAUAGUUAGCUAUCUGGGUAGUUUGUUGGCAAACUAGUUAGCAUAAACCUUGUAUUGGAGGCUAAUUCUACGAUUGAUUGGUGUGUUACUUUGUGAGUUACAAAGACUAAAAGUCAAGAAGCACACCUUCCAUCCUUUGUGUUUAAAAGGAAGGGAAUAUUUUUGGGAAAUUAUUUUAUUUCCACUAAGAUUUCCAUCCGCUUAACAUUCCAUGCCAAGUGCCUGCGAUAAUUUUUUUUUUUUUAAUGAAGAUUUGAAUUUAGGAAAUUUACAGAAAUCUAUUUUAGCUGUUUACACUGGAGUCUGAUCAAAAAUAACAAUAAUCACAAUUUACUUGCAGUGUAAACACAUCAGCUGGCAAAAAUCAGAUUAUACGAAUCAGAUUUGUGCCACUUGCGCCUGCAGUGUAAACGUCGUCCAUCUGGUCGGAAUCUGAUGGCAAAUAUCAGAUUUGAAGCACUUUGGAGCGUUUAGACCAGCAACAAAAAUCCGAUGUGUGUCGCUUGAGAGCAAAACAAUCCCAUGUGGUGUGCGGUGUAAACGGGGACAUUAAAGCUUUAUUCAUUUAUUCAAACUCUGACGUUUAUUGAGGGAGUGGCGUGAAUAACAACAACAUAGUCAAGCCAAUGCCAGGCAAAAGCAGGACAAAAUCUUACCUAAAAUGUUGUUUCAAACCAUAAAAAGCGGGAAUGAGUAAAAUAAGAAACAGCAUUACAAUUAUUAGAAUAAUUCACAAAUCACUGACAUGAAAAUAGUGAAGAUGUCAACAAAAGCAUCCAACAAGUCAAGUGACUUUCCUACAUUGUGUUGCUGGUCGGGACACACAUUGGCUCAAAUACCUCAAGUCUCAAAAAUAUUGAUAUUGACAUUUGAGAAGCAAUACUACAUCGUGGAUGUGUGGUAUCGUUAUUCCAGUAUCGAUAUGCACACCACCUGGCAGGUAUGUUGGAAAGUUAGCUGGUGAUUUAUCAGUUGGUAAAUAUUCAUCAACUUCACUAGCAUUUUCUACAAAAGGAGCUUAAGAGGAACCUGUCAGGAACCACAAAAAGUGUUGCCAUAGAAACAAGAAAGCCAAGACAUUUGCACACUACUGUACAUACAGUACUGUCUAUGAUCACAUUCUGUACAUGCUCCUUGGCCUGCAGCAUGAGGAUGUUGUCAUGUGAUCACCCCGCAUGCGCUCUUGGAACUUCAUAUCAAAGAAGACCACCCGGCGGCAUGUGCCCCCACCCCCCUCCUCCAACCCCCCCUCGCCUUGGCUGGGUUUGUCUUCAGGUCUUUUCUCCACAGACGCUACUAAGUCCUUCUCCACGCUUAAGUGUGGGACAGACAACUUAGUGGAGCCUUCAAAGUCCCACACCAUUUCAACAAUUUCAAAUAAAUAAAUAGUCAAAUUAAUCAAAUGUUCCAGACAGGGACAAAGAUGGAAAGUGCCAUGUGAUACUGCCACCCUGUGGCCGCGUAUAGGUAUGGCUUCUAUCAUUACGUAAUUGCAGUGUGAUACUGCCCCCCUGUGGCCGCGUAUAGGUAUGGCUUCCAUCAUUACGUAAUUGCAGUGUGAUACUGCCCCCCUGUGGCCGCGUAUAGGUAUGGCUUCCAUCAUUACGUUAUUGCAGUGUGAUACUGCCCCCCUGUGGCCACGUAUAGGAAUGGCUUCAAUCGUUACGUUAGCAAAAAAUGAACUUCUGAAGUUUUUCCCCAAAGUUGUACGACAUUUGGAGAUUCCAUUAUACUUCAUACAAGAUGUGUGUUCUUGUUUCUGGACUAGGACUACAAACCAUUCUCACCUAAGACAGGAGUUGUGUAUAUUUUGGUGCAAAUUCAGGUUUUUGGCACACCACUUUACAGCAACUAUACCCCUUCUAGAAGGUUUAUAAAUGAUUUCUAUGUAGCUAACGAUCGUGUUAUGAACAUAAACACUUACCAGCUACAUCAAGUCAAGUUUUAUAAAUCAUCUGGCAGCAGCUGAUUAUAGUAGGCAGGGUAUUCAUAUGGACCCAUUGGUCUGGGUUUACCUGACACGUGAAACGUGAAGAAUAGGGGGGUUGCACGAUACACUUUAGCCGUCAAGUUUUGAAUAUCUUUAAAUGUGUUUUGUGGCCAUUCCAACUUUGACCACACAGCGUCAGUUGCUUUGGAGAGUGGCACUUUCCACUAUUUUCAGCAGAUUGCUGAAAAAGGUGACUGCCCCCUCUUCCUCUCACACGAGAUGCCCCCAGGAGUGGGCCAUAUGAAUCCCUUCCCUUACAGAGCACGAAGGACCUAUGUAGUGGCUAAUUUCUGUCCUAAAUCUGUUUUGGGUAACUUUCACCUCGAUAAAUUGGGAAGGACACGACAUGAGAGGUCAAGUCACCCUGAAUAUUGGACAGUUACAUAAGUUGUUAUGAUAGAAAUAAGGUCAUCAUGGAGCGUAGAGAUAAGAAGGGAAGACCAAGCCUGUUCCUGUUUGUGACGCCAAUUUUAUGUGGUCGAAAAGUCCGAAUCUUAAACAGGAACAAUAGAGUUUGUUACAACAGUUUUAAUUACUCACAAUCAGAUAGUACAAAGUUGGAUUGAAUCGAUAUGAAAACAGACAGUGUCUCCGGAGACGAAAGAUGGUGAACCCUCGUGAAAGGAAUUAAGAAGAGCGCACACCAGGCUUGGUCUUCCCUUCUUAUUUAUACGCUCCAUGAUGGCCUGAUUUUUAUCAUUACAACUCUCCAAUGUUCAGGGUGACUUGACCUCUCAUGUCGUGUAAUAAUGUAUCUUGAUGAAAGUUACCCAAAACAUAUUGAGGAUAGAAAUGAGCCACUGCAGCUACUAAUAAGAAGUUGAUAAGACGUUCAUAAGGCAAGUUUGUUUUCAACAGUUGAGUCUUGACUGAAAUUCAUGCUUCUUCUUCUCCUUUUGCUCUGCAUGACUUAUAAAACCAGGUUUGGUGUCAUGUGGGUGUUUAUAUACCUGUACUAACACCUUUAGCAGCCUUUUCAACGCAAUCGAGGUUUGCUUUUUUUUCUUAACUUGCAUCAAGUUUGACUUUUUUCAAAUGUCAUUCUACAUUUGAAGUAUUUACCUGGUGGAAUAUUUUACUUUGAGGAUUGUAAAUAGACCUUGAGAGACUGUACAGAUGUUGAUGUGCAUGCUUCAACAUGUGGAGAAGAUAUAUAUCAAUAUAAAUAUGAAUAUGAAGAGGUGUUCCUUCUUGCUGUGCAUUGUGUACAUACUGUACCUUCCUUUUCUUCCUUUUUUAUCUUUACAUUCUCAUUUGUUGGCAUAUUUGACACCGAUCUUCUGCAUUGUUUUUGAACAUUUUUGUAUUCCAGACGCAGAUUUGUACUAACCUUCUUUGUCACUAUUUAAGAUGCUCUUUUCUUCUUAGUGCAAGUAUGGAAGCCUGCAGGAGAUGUUUUCAAUCAAUAAAUUAUAUCGGCCUUCA